AUGGGAGCGUCCAAGCUGCCCGCCCUACAGCCUCGGUCUUGCUGCUGGAGGGUGACCAAGCCUGCUGCUUGCCCAGCCUGGAAAGAACUGACCGUGGACGAAGCUGCCCAGAGCCCUUUCUGUGUCCGUUCCUGCAAGGCACUUUUACAACUCCGGCGGCUUCGUUUGCUUCUUGCCUCCGCUCGUGGCCCGCAGAAGUCGCCUUCGCGGGGAUGCGGCGGCGAGACGGCGGCCGAGGCGGGCAGCGCCGGCAAGCGGAGCCGGCGCCGGCGAGGAUGCCGCUGGGCGCCGCGGGCCGGCGAGCGCCGGCCGGCGGCGGCGGCGGCGAGCGGAUGCCGGCCUGAAAGCGGGGCGCAGGUGGAAGCGAGGGACAAUAAGGAGGGCGCCGGGGGGGCGCCGGAGCCGGCGCUGGACGCGGAGGCAGGUGCGGAGGGCGAGGCGGUUGAUGGACCCCAACGCGGCCAGAUGGAGGACGGGCCAGCCGACCGCGCCGCAGAGAGACGGCCGCGCCGGGGCAGCGGGCCGGGCGCCGCGCUGACGGAGCCCGGCGGCCGGCUCGCCGCCGCGCCGCCCGCCCGCGACCUGCAGGACGCCCGUGACCUGGUGGCCUUCUCGGCGCUGGCCGGAGCCGUGUCGCCGUCGGCGGCGCCGGAGGGCGGCGGGCGGCGGCGCGAGGACCUCGGCGCCCUGCGGGCCGCCCUCGCCUUGGCCCGGCACGGCAUGAAGCCCCCCAACUGCAACUGCGAUGGCCCCGAGUGCCCCGACUACCUGGAGUGGCUGGAGCAGAAGAUCCAGGUGGCGCUGGGCCGGGAGCCGACAACGCCGCUGCCGCCGCCGGCCCGCGGCGCCGCGCCGGAGCCCGGCCCGCCGCCCGCCUUGCCCUUCUCCCCCGGCGCCCUGAGCAUCGCCAAGGAGAAGAACGUCAGCUUGCAGACGGCCAUCGCCAUCGAGGCGCUCACCCAGCUGGCGGCGGCUGCGCCGGAGCCCGGCCGACUGGCGCUGCAGCAGCACCUGCGCCACAAGCGCGGGCUCUUCCUGGAGGCGCCGGCGGCAGCGGUGGCACCGGGCGCCUGGUGGCCCCCGGGCUCGGCAGCCCCCAAGGCGCCGCGCGAGAAGAAGAGGAGAGCGGCGGCCGAGAAGGUGCCGGCGGGCCGGCCGCCGCCGCGCCGGGCCGUGCCCGCCAAGAAAGCCAAGGGCAAGGAGGCGCCGCCGCUCUUCCCCCCGCUCUGGCAGAUCCGCCUGGACGGGCCACGGGCUCCCCCCGCCACCGCCGCCACCACCGCCGCCACCGCCGCCGAGCCGCCGCCGGCAACUCAGGGAAGGGGCGUCGCGGCGGGCAGCAGCCCGCCGGCCCCCGCCGGCGCCCCCAUCGUGGUGGACGCCAAGCUGGAGGAGCUCAUCCGGCAAUUCGAGGCCGAGUUUGGGGAGGAGCUGGCGCCGCCGGCGUUGCCGCCGCCGCCGCCGCCGCCGCCUGCCGCCGCCGAAGCCCUGCCGGCGGAGACGCCGCGCGGCGCCCGCUCGCCCAAGCAGAUCAAAAUCGAAUCUUCUGGUGCUAUCACGGUGCUUUCGACCACUUGCUUUUACACGGAGGAGAGCCGCGCCGCGGACGGGGCGGCCGGCACGCCCCCCGGCGACGAGGCGCCGCUGGCGCCCACCCUCAGCGGCUUCCUCGAGUCGCCGCUCAAGUACCUGGACACGCCGACCAAGAGCCUGCUGGACACGCCGGCCAAGCGGGCGCAAGCCGAGUUCCCCACCUGCGACUGCGUCGAACAAAUCGUGGAGAAGGACGAGGGGCCCUACUACACCCACCUGGGCUCGGGGCCCACCGUGGCGUCCAUCCGGGAGCUCAUGGAGGAGCGGUACGGCGAGAAGGGCAAGGCCAUCCGCAUCGAGAAGGUCAUCUACACGGGCAAGGAGGGCAAGAGCUCCCGCGGCUGCCCCAUCGCCAAGUGGGUGAUCCGUCGGCACGACCAGGAGGAGAAGCUGCUGUGCUUGGUGCGGCACCGGGCCGGCCACCACUGCCAGAACGCCGUCAUCAUCAUCCUCAUCCUGGCCUGGGAGGGCAUCCCCCGCACGCUGGGCGACACGCUCUACCAGGAGCUCACCGACACCCUCACCAAGUACGGCAACCCCACCAGCCGCCGCUGCGGCCUCAACGAUGACCGCACCUGCGCCUGCCAAGGCAAGGACCCCAACACGUGCGGCGCCUCCUUCUCCUUCGGCUGCUCUUGGAGCAUGUAUUUCAACGGCUGCAAGUACGCCCGCAGCAAGACGCCCCGCAAGUUCAGGCUGGUGGGCGACAACCCCAAAGAGGAAGAACUGCUCCGAAAAAGCUUUCAGGACUUGGCCACCGAGGUUGCUCCGCUGUACAAGAGGCUGGCGCCGCAGGCCUACCAAAACCAGGUUACGAACGAGGACGUGGCGAUAGACUGCCGGCUGGGCUUGAAGGAGGGCAGACCCUUCUCGGGGGUGACGGCGUGCAUGGACUUCUGCGCUCACGCGCACAAGGACCAGCACAACCUCUACAACGGCUGCACCGUGGUCUGCACGCUCACCAAGGAGGACAACCGCGUGGUGGGCAAGAUCCCCGAGGACGAGCAGCUGCACGUGCUGCCCCUCUACAAGAUGUCCAGCACGGACGAGUUCGGCAGCGAGGAGAACCAGAACGCCAAGGUGGGCAGCGGCGCCAUCCAGGUGCUCACGUCCUUCCCCCGCGAGGUGCGCCGGCUGCCCGAGCCCGCCAAGUCGUGCCGCCAGCGGCAGCUGGAAGCCAAGAAAGCCGCCGCCGAGAAGAAGAAGCUGCAGAAGGAGAAGCUCAUUGCGCCGGAGAAGAUCAAGCAGGAGGCGCUGGACAUCCCUGCGCUGGCGCCCGGCGCAGGUCUGGCGUUGAAGGGAGGCCUGCCGCCGCGGCCCCUCCGGCCGGCCGGCGAGGCGGAGGCGCCAGGCCGCUACAACGCCUUCAAGUACAGCGGCAACGCGGUGGUGGAGAGCUACUCGGUGCUGGGCAGCUGCCGGCCCUCGGACCCCUACAGCGUCAGCAGCGUUUACUCCUACCAUUCCUGCUAUGCACAGCCCAACCUGCCUUCGGUGAACGGGUUCCACUCCCGCUUCGCCCUGCCGGCCUUCGGCUACUACGGCUUCGCCCGCCGCCCCCUCUUCCCCGCGCGCCUCCUGGGCUACGGGCCGCCCGGCGGCUGCUGGCCCUACGAGGCGGCGGCGUCCCGGGGCGCCCGGCAGCGCUGCGGCGGCCCCGCCGUCAAGCAGGAGCCGGCCGAGGUGCCGGUGCCGGUGCCGGUGGCGGCGGCGGUGCCCGAACCGCCCUGGGGGCCCCGGGCGGCCUCGCCGCAGAGGACUAACGCGCCGGCGGCCUGGGAGACGCCGGGACGGCAGCAGUGGCGGCGGCUCUUCGGAGCGGAGGCCGGCUCGGGGCGGGCGGCGUGGAGCCCGCGGCCCGGCGGAGACGCCGCCGCCGCCACCGCCUGGGAGCUGGGGCCGCUGGGCUUGGCCCCGGCGCUGGAGGGCCUGGGCGGGCGCCCCGGCGAGCCGUGGGGCUCGGGCGAGGCGGCGCCCGGCGCGGGGCCGCCGGCGCCCUGGGAGAGCCGCGGCGAGAAGCCCUGGGAGCCCUUCGGCCUGGACGACGGCGCCGAGGAGCUGCCGGCGAAGGCGGCCAAGCGGGAGGAGGAGGAGGACGAGGAGGAGGAGGACGAGGAGGAGGACGAGGAGGAGGAGGAGGACGAGGAGGAGGAGGAGGAGGAGUGGUCGGACAGCGAGCACAACUUCCUGGACGAGAACAUCGGCGGCGUGGCGGUGGCGCCGGCGCACGGCUCCAUCCUCAUCGAGUGCGCCCGCCGCGAGCUGCACGCCACCACGCCGCUCAAGAAGCCCAACCGGUGCCACCCCACCCGCAUCUCCCUGGUCUUCUACCAGCACAAGAACCUCAACCAGCCCAACCACGGCUUGGCCCUCUGGGAGGCCAAGAUGAAGCAGCUGGCGGAGCGGGCCCGCGCCCGCCAGGAGGAGGCCGCCCGCCUCGGCCUGCCGCCCGACGCCAAGGCCUUCGCCAAGAAGCGCAAGUGGGCCGGCGCGCUCCUGCCCGAGCCGCCCCCCAAGGAGAGGAAGGACCAGGUGCCCACGCGCCAGGCGCUGGCCGUGCCCACCAACUCGGCCAUCACCGUGUCCUCCUACGCCUACACCAAGGUGACGGGCCCCUACAGCCGCUGGAUCUGA